GUAUACAAGCUACUCAAGCUCUCUGCAUUUGUCCAACGAGGGAGCUUGCUAUUCAGAACACUGAAGUUCUCCGGAAGAUGGGGAAGCACACAGGGAUUAGCUCGCACUGUGCCGUUCCGACAGAUAGCAGGGAUUCAAUUCAAAUUCAAAAACGGGAGAAAAUUAAGGCUCAGGUGGUUAUUGGGACUCCUGGCACCAUCAAGAAGUGGAUUUCUUUCAAGAAAUUGGAGGUGACCAAAUUGACGAUUCUUGUCUUUGAUGAGGCUGAUCAAAUGCUUGCUGAGGAUGGUUUUAAGGAUGAUUCCUUGAGGAUAAUGAAAGAAAUAGAAAAAUUCAAUUCUAGCUGCCAGGUUCUUCUAUUUUCUGCCACAUUCAAUGACAUUGUCAAGAACUUUGUUGAGAGGACAGUUAAAAAGGACCAUAAUAAACUUUUUGUUAAGAAAGAAGAGCUUUCUUUAGCUGCUGUGAGGCAGUUUAAAGUGCACUGCCCCAAUGAGUUGUCGAAGAUUGAGGUGAUAAAAGAUUACAUAUUCGAAUUAGGAGAAAAUGUGGGCCAAACCAUCAUAUUCGUGCGCACGAGACAGAGUGCAAAAAUGCUGCACAAGUCACUUGUCGAAAUGGGCUAUUUGGUUACUUCGAUACAAGGUGCUCUUGACCAUGAAGAGAGAGACAAAAUUGUCAAAGAGUUCAGAGAUGGUUUGACUCAAGUUCUUAUAUCCACGGAUGUUCUUGCUCGAGGCUUUGAUCAGCAACAGGUCAAUUUGGUUAUCAACUAUGAUCUCCCAAUAAAACAUACUGCGGAGUAUACACGGGAAUUUGAGCCUGAUUAUGAGGUGUACUUGCACAGAGUUGGUAGGGCUGGUCGAUUUGGCCGCAAGGGGGCUGUGUUUAACCUAAUAUAUGAUGAAAAAGAUGAAAGGCUGAUGUCAAAGAUCGAGAACCAUUUUGGCACCCGUGUAUCAGAGGUACGAGAAAAAAGUGUUGAAGACUAUAAAGCUGCACUCAAAGAAGCCGGUUUACUACAAGCAUAGUUGUUAGAAGUUAGAACCGAAUCGGUAAUCGAACCGGUUAGGUCACUAGGUCAUUGGACCCACCGGUUGAACCGAUUGACUCGGUCCUUUGUAAAUAAAAAACAAAACAUAGU